AUGUCACUAACCUUCGUUGCGCAACCCGAAAAUGAGGUCUCCUCGCCUUCAUUUCCUUGGCCCGAACACCGCCAUCUUUUUGAAACUAUAUGUGUGGCGGGGAAUAAUGCACUUGAAAUCCAUUUGAGACUAUUCCUCCUUCGCAGUUUGCUGGAAUUUUGUGAUACUGGUAUUCUUCCAGGAGUUCGUAUCCUCUAUGUGCAAGCUCAGGUCGGCACCGUGUAUACUCCGACUCUCGCUAUGAAGAUCCAAAUUCUCCAAAACCUCAAUAUUGUUCUUGAUAUGCUUUGUCACCCCAGUUUGCAGGUGGAAACGCUCUAUUUAUCUGGUCCCCUGUUCUAUUCUGACUGGUUUAUGCACCAACAAAUCACAAGAUCCUUCGGAAAUCUUCUUAAAUCCAACCAAUUGGUAUCGCUCAAGCUCAACAACGUAGAAAACCUCCCAAGGAACAUCCUCGACGGGACAUCAAUUGUAGAUUUGACUCUCAUUGCCUGUGAGGUAUCAAAUACGAUGACAUAUUCGAAUACCAAUGCCCUUCGACUCCCAAGCCUUGAAACCAUUGAGACCGACAAGUUAUCGGUUGUUCGGACAAUAUAUCCGGUCGGCCUCCAUUCAACGGAUGGUGAAGAACCUUCUCUGAAGAUCUUAUGCCUACGUAUCGACCAGACAGAUACUGCUGGGCCUCAGGUCCUCAAAGAAGAAUUUGAUAUUUUAGAAGAACACUUCUCAUCAAGCAUUGAGCGCCUAUGUGUCAUGUUUGAUCCAUGUGGUGCGUUCCAUAUCAUUACCUCGACUGUUUCAUUUUUUACUUAA